AUGCCGACCCCCCUUCUCCCCGUCCUGGUCGACGAGGAUUCGAUGCUGUCCCAGAAGUUUGGCCGCGAGACAGCAAACUACUUCUCGGGCAGCCCGCUCAACCGGCUGUCCUUCCUGCGCACCGACCAUGACUUCCUGCGCGCCGCCUUUGCGCACCCGUCGGCCGCCGUGCUGCUGAUGAACAGCCUCUCGCCCCUGGUACAGCCGGACGCGUCCCAGCUGGCCAUUGCGACCGCCGACGACGUCCUGCACCUGACCGGCCCAGACCCCUUUGGCAAGAAGGAGGACGAGCUGAUCGGCGACUUCAACUCAGAAGACACGCAGACCGUCGUCCUCUUUCUCGGUAUCGACGAGAAGGGCGAGCUGCCGUCGCACAACGACGUACAAGACACGUUCGCGUACAAGAACUUCAGGGGCACCCCGUACUUUGCCAUCGACGUCACCCCGCGCGGCACCCUGGCCGACGCCGCCAACGCCCUGAUCACCGCCGUGCUGGAGAAGGGCUUCUCCUUCCACGACGCAUCCCCGAGGGCUAUGGGGCUGGAGGCCGGCCAAGCGGCAACGUAUGGACAGGCUCGUGCCCUACUCGACUGGAACGCGCGGAACCCGUUCUGCGCCCAGUGCGGCCAGCGCACGCUCUCCGUCAACGCCGGCACCAAACGAGUGUGUCCGCCGACGGACAAGGCGACCGGCGCCGCCGUGGACCGCCUGCCGUGCGCGACGCGGGGCACUGUGUCCAACCUCAGCUUCCCGCGGACCGACCCCACCGUCAUCAUGGCCAUCAUCAGCGCUGACGGCUCCAAGGUGCUGCUGGGGCGGCAGCGCCGCUGGCCAAAGUUCUGGUAUUCUACUCUAGCCGGCUUCCAGGAGCCGGGCGAGUCGAUUGAGGAGGCGGUCCGACGCGAGGUGUGGGAGGAGAGCGGCGUGCGCGUCGGUCGUGUCGUGUUACACUCGUCACAGCCGUGGCCGUUCCCCGCGAGCCUGAUGAUCGGCGCCGUCGGCCAGGCGCUAUCGGGCGACGGCGAGACCAUCUUCCUCGGCCACGACGCCGAGCUCGAGGACGCCAGGUGGGUCCCGCUCGAGGAAGCCAGGGAGGCCCUCGCCAAGGGCGUCAGCAACCUCGGAGAGCCCGCCCCCGAGGGCUAUGCCAAGGGCAAGCUGCGCCUGCCGCCACCGCUGGCGAUCGCGAACCGAUUGAUAACGUCAGUCGUGGAGGGCUGGUGGGUCCCGCCCAAGAUAUAG